ACUUACUGUUACAAUUACGAGUGUGUGGUUAGGAAUCUGCGGUCAACUUUACCGUCAAGCCAAACAACCAAUCGAAAGAGACGGCGUGUUCAUUAAAAGACAAGGCAAGGAAUUCCAUUUAUAGUGUGUCAUUCCUUCACGAUGUCCAAGAUUGUCUGCUUCUAUGUUUUGUGUCUGUUUUCGCUUUUACACAAUGUUGCGGUGACAGCAGAGAAAUCCAAACUUAAGUCAAGUAAUCCUGAUAGCGCGGACAGCUGGAAAAAGAAAGACAUCCGCGAUUAUAGCGAAGCUGACCUGGAGCGAUUAUAUGAACAGUGGGAGGAAGGAGAUGAAGAACUGGAACCAGAUGAACUUCCAGAAUGGAAAAGAGAAGCACCAGCAGUUGAUUUUUCCAAGUAUGACUCCGGUAAUCCUGAAGAACUUCUCAUGAUGAGCAAGAAAGGCAAAACUUUAAUGAUGUUUGUGUCAGUUUCUGGUGACCCACCACGGCACGAGACCGAAGAAAUUACGUCACUCUGGCAGAGCAGUUUAUAUAACGCAAACAUAGAUAUUACACGAUAUUUAAUCAGUGACAACCGAGCAAUUUUCAUGUUAAAAGAUGGCUCAAAAGCAUGGGAGAUAAAGAACUUCCUUGUCCAGCAGGAACGAUGUUUGUCAGUAACCAUAGAGAACCAGGACUUCCCUGGCAAAGGAUCACCUAAAAAAACUGAAUUAUGAGGUGGAAAAAGUCUCUAGUGUGGUCCUAAAUUUCCUGAAGAAAUAGAUUACCAAAAAACCAAAGACACAAUGAAGAAUCUUGAAGAAUCUCUUUUCAUCCCGACUAAGACGUAUAUAUAUAUAUAUAUAAUAUAUAUAUAUAUAAUAUAUAUAUAUAUAUAUCAAUCAAUCAAAUGUAUGUGCGUAUUUUAAAAGGAAUAAUGAUAUAAAAAAAUAAUGGUUUUUUUACAAUGAGUCUCCAUCAUUUAUCAUCAUCAUCAUCUCCAACAUCAAUGACUUUAUAACCGUGACAUCUAAAUUGGUCUUUUAAACACAGACAGGAUUAACUUUCCUCAUUCUCUUCCUUUCUUUCCAGUCCCAUUGCUCUGUAAGAUAUUGAACCCUUUAUAUCAUAAAUAAAAAUAUUAACUAAA